AUGGCGGGAGCUCUCAGCGUAGGGUGCUGCGAGCUGGUGGUGGAAGUGGUGAAGGCCGCCAGCUUAUGGGACGACAAGGGGGCGUCCAGCGGCGACCGGGCCUUUGCAGCGGUCAGGGUGGAAGCCCCCGCCUCGUGCUGGCUCCCAAAUACAGCUGCCUCAGCUCGCGUAGACGCCUCUCAGCCGUCAGAUGAAACCACGCCGAAUCCUACUCUGCCACCUGGCGGAAGCAACCCGACGUUUCUAGAAAGUGAUGCAGUGCCAUCGUUGGAAGAGAGGAAAGGAGAGUGGUUGUUUCCCUUCAGCUACAAGGGAAGCUUGGUGGCGGAACGAGGGCCUGCCACCUGUCAAUCCCUCCUUGAUAAGCCGCUCCACGUGCAUGUGAUCUACGCACCCAGCGGCGGGGCAAAGCAAACGGUGGGAAAAGUGGCGAUCGAUCUCUCCACAUUCGUCACGAGCUCUGACCUUGCACAAUGUAGAGAGAUCAGAGGCACGUUCCCAGUCAUAGCAGAUACGACAGAUGCGGCAGAUAGUGCCACGUCGGCAGGCGGAAAGGGAGAUAAAAACGGCCGGCGGCCGAGCUCCAGCGGGAAGGGGGGGGCUGGCAAGGCCCCCGCAGGUGGGGAGAAAGCUAAGGGGGCGAAAACCGAUGGGGCGAAAGGGGCCAAGGGGGCAGAAAAGGCAGGCAAAGAUACCCCCUCGCCCUCGGAGGCGGCCCCGUUCCCGGGCUGUCUUCCGGGGGCGUCUCUAGAGCUGGUAAUCAGCCUGAAAUCGCCCCUGAUGACCCCCCUGGAGGAGGAGAACUCGACAGUGGUGGAAUUAGAUGUGCGGGAAGUUGCCCCGGUGCGGGGAAAGCUGGUGGAGAUCUUCCAAGCGGAGCCGGGGAAGGAUCCGUUUACAUACACCCUGGCGUUUGGUCCUCUACCCCAAAAGACAAGUGCGGACAUUCCCGCUUCCAGCGAGCCCGAUCAGAGCGGAAUGGAAGCAGGCACAACCAGUACAACUCUUCCGACCCCAGAACCUGCCACCACCAGUCAAGAGCCGUUCGCCGUUCUUUCUGGUGCCACUCUCGCAGUCGACCCGUCGAGCGGGCAGCCAAUGCUCAGCUUUCCAAAACCGAGCAAGCGUUUCCUGUCGGCUAGUCAGGCAGAGGCGCUCAAAGCAGCGAUUAAAAGCGGGGCCAAAUGGACGGUCGAGAUCGCGCGGUACCUGAAAGACGAACGGACGGAUCUGGUCGACCCCCUGUUCGAACGAUACCGCAGCUGCGCAGAGCUCGACUUGUCCGCGUUUCUGAAACCGGGGGAAAGUUUGCUAGAGGCGCGUGGGGCGUUCAAGACUCCCCCUCAGGAGAGGCCGACGUCAGCAGCAGGGGGAGGAAAGAAGGACGAGAAAGCGGCCAAGGGGGCAAAAGCCGGGAAGCCGCCGACCCCCUCCCCGAAAGAAGAGGCGUCUUCCCCCCACGAAAUGGGAACCCCUGUCCGGGGGGUGUUGCUAAAGCCGCAAGAGAGGGGGGACAACAAAAAGGCGAAGCCAGUGGACGAUGGAAAGGAUUUACCCGAAAGCGGGGGGUCGGCUUGGGAGGCCGUGGGGACAGUUCUAGGGGUGCAGGUCAGACUGGCGAGGCCCCUGGAAGCGAAGUGGGAGCCCCCUCCGAAAGCGGAGAUUGAUCUGCGCACACUGAUCCCGGAUCGGCCCCGGGUGGAGCCGAAAAAGGACGCCGCGCAAGUGGCGCUGGAGAACUUUCAGACGUUCAUUCAACAAGCUAUUGCCGGCCUGGCCUCAGAACUUGGCUCCAUCCCCGGCUCAGAAGACGGACACGUGGCGCAAGAUGGACACGUGGCACGCAGAGACCAACUCGUGGCGCGCCUGGCGGAGUCGGGCAAAUGGUUUGCGCUUAAGGAGCAGAUGAAAGCAGCCGUCGCACGGAUUGCAGAUGAGCAGUCCAAGCAGCCGCGCUUCGAUUCCGCUGGAACCGGCGAAGCCGCGCUCUAUGCCGACCUGUACGUGACUCUUUUGGACGAGAUCCAUUCCCAAUUGAACAACGCGGCGAAGCAGACUACCGGUUCAAGGCCUGAGACCUCUGCGUCCGUAGAUCCGUCCAAAACGCGCGGACGGCUUCGGACAUGGGCAGCAGAGUACGAGGCGAGCGGCGACGCCGAAGCAGCGGAGAAGCUGCAUCAAGAUCUUGUUUUCGAGAGUAUAAGCGGGACGGCCGGCGACUGGUACGAGUACGGGGCCUUCUGCUUGAGGACGGGUCAGCCGGCAAAGGCGGAAGAGUGCUUGCGGGAGGCAAUCUCGCUGGACAGGUGCCACGUGUCCGCCCACGUGGCGCUCGCGUGCGUCUUGUGGGCGCGGGGGCAGCCGCUCAAGGCGGAGGCGCUGCUACAGGGCGUUACAGGCAAUGCCGAGGCGCCCCUUUCGGACGCUGUCGCGGCGUGGACGCUCCUCGCUUUGCUGUACGCUGAACUGCCCAACCGUCCGAAAGACGUCCGAAACUGUCUCCUGGAAGCCGCCCGGUUGAACGACUCCCGGGGUCAAGUUUCGGGCGAAUCCGCCCCCUGUUUAUACCUCCAAGCUGCCCGGUUGGUUUUGGAUUACCACCUGCCGGAGUUAGCGGAAAAGGCACUGGAAGAGCAGCGGAAAACCGAAGGAGCGGAAUGGGGGCUGGAAGAGAAGCUUUGCGCUGCCAGGGGGAAGAAACUGCGGGGGAAUCUCGGGGGGGCGGCGGAGAUUCUGGAGGGCUUGCUCGGGGAAGGAGUGAAGGUUCCUCGAGUGGCGGUCGAGCUGGGGCACGUGCGGUAUGCGGCUGCACAGUUCGAAACCGCAGCAGAGGCGUACCAGACGGCACGUGACCACGCGGGUCAACUGCCCCUCGACCUAACCGUGUACCUUAACCUGGGCUCGCUUCACCUGUCUCGGGGAAGCUUCACCGAGGCCAAGGACGUGUAUCUCGAGGCUUGCCACCACCACCCGGGGGCUGCCACGUGGCUCGGAGCGGGCGCCGCUUUUCUCGGGCUGGGCGACCUUGCGCGCGCGGAGCAGGCGCUCGCGGAGGCCAACUCGCUAAACCCUCGCCACCCCGCGGUCUGGGCGCACCUCGCGCUGGUGUGUUUGCGCGGCCGCGGCCGCGAGGAGGAGGCCGCGUUCGCGCUGCGCGAGGCGCUGCGCAAUGACGUCAGAGACGCUGCCGUGCUGACGGAGGUGGGGGAGCGGUGCCUCGGCUCGGAGCUGUACCGGUACGCUGAAGCAGCCCUCCGGCGGGCCGUCCAAAACGGGGCGUCCGUACAGGCUCGGCGGCUCUUGGCUGAAGCCCUGCUACGUCAGCAGCACGUAAAAGCGGCCCAGCAAGAACUGGAGGCCAUUCUCCAGCUCCCGGACCUGUCACCGGAAGAGAAGGCGUCCGUCGACGAGCAGCUGCAUGGCCUCUAA